CACGCCAAACUAUAAAAACCAUUUCCCCAGACUCCUGAAGGAACUGUCACAUCCACUUCCACACACGACUCCUCAAGAUUUCCAGUCCGACAGUUCAUCAAAUUAUACACAGAAAGAUAUUCGCGAGAUGGUUACGGGACAGUUAACCCGGUCAGAGGCCGAAGCAGCACUCAAGCGUCUCCAAGGAUUGCGGGAUGACUGGGCCAAACAGAGGACGCGAUGGUCCGAACAUCAUCAGAAGGCUGCCGAUAUCAAGGCUCUCCAACGUAAUCCUAGCGCUCCUCUGAUCUAUACCGUCGAGGCUUGUUGUAACCAAAUGGGUGUGGCUACGAUUCGUUUUAAUGAAUUGGAGAGACUCAUUCAAGAUUUCAGAUCCUGUGCGCUCUACCUUGUCCAUCUACCCGUACCCGAAGGACCAGACGCUUCGUUCCGCUCCGCCCUGCCGGAUCUCUGGAGCAUCCCACACGCCGCACCUGGGACGACGGCGGUAGCCUUACCUGGCCAAGUGGCAGGCUUCUCGGCCGAGAUGGUGCCGGUGAACAGCGUCCAAGGUCUCAGCGAUCAGAUCAUCAUGCACCAUCCCUCCUAUCAGAACCCCGGCUCUGGAGGGUUCUACAACAACAAUCAGAUCCUAGGCAAUCUCCCUCAGAUGCAGUACCCUCAGCAACAACAGAUCCAACCCACCGGCUUCCAACAGCAACCACAGCUCACCGGCGCGUUCCAAGCACCACAACACACCGGAUUCCAGCCCCAGUCAAACUUCCAACUCCAAGCAGCCAACAACCAGAUGGGAUUCCAGCAGGGCCACCAACUCUCUCCUUACGGAAGCCAACCACAGCCACUGACCCCUCAACAUACUCAGAUGCUCUACAACCAGCAGAUCAACCUUCACCAGCAAUCGGCAGACCAGGCCCGCGUCAAUGCCUUCUCCGCUAACGUCUUCCAACAACAGCCUGGCUUCUCCUCCGCCCAGAAUCAUCCUAACCAGCACCAGAACUUCUCCUCCUCUUCUCCCCUCAAUCCUUUUAAUCCUAAUGCUCCUCAUGGAGCCGUUGUAGAUGCCAGUCAGAGAUACCCUGCCGUCCAAUGAUCAUCUUUUCUUCAACCUUCUGAGUCGCACCUCGUAUUCCUUUUUUUUUUAUCUAAGAUCCGGUCGUUUUGUAUGAUUCUUUCCACCCCUUGUAAUUCUGAUUUGGAAGAGCUCUUUGAUCUCGUGUGUCUAACCGUAUAGAUUCUCCUCAUUUCUCCCGACUAUUUAGACCAUCGUCCCUCUUCUAUGAAAUACACCACUGUAUUAUAGGAAUAUUCAUUUUUUCUAUCAUCUCACAGUUGAGCCCGCCGAGUUAUUGGGCCCCUACAGUCAAUAAAUCAUCAUUGUCACUUCAAA